UUGGAGAAAAAGUUGACCCAGGAGUCCCCUAAUGACAGAAGGGACGCGAGGGCUGGCAUAGCAGGUGUGUUUGGUCUGUCCUCUGGGAGAGGGACUCUGGAAAGAGCCGGAGGAUACGCUGAAGAAGAUACAUCAAAGGACCUAGCUGCUGGGCCGCGGGUUGCUCUUGGGAGCGGGGCGGUGGGGGCGGGCCAGCGCCGGGCUCAGUCCGCUCGUCGGCUCUCUCCUUGCAGGCCCUGCCAUGUCCCGCAGGGUAGGCUGGCUGGCCCUGUACAGCCUUGCUGUGCUGCUGCUGGGCUGCCUGUUCUUCCUGAAGAAGGAGGCCCACCCAGCGGGGGGCCCCAUGGCCCGACAGCCCUUCUGGGCUCCCCCAGGGCCCCGGCGCAGCCAGUGUCCGCCCAACCACACAGUGGCUAAUGCCUCCCUGUUCCUGCCUAACCGUCACCGCCUCUUCUUGACCUAUCGCCACUGCCGCAACUUCUCCAUCUUGCUGGAGCCUUCGGGCUGUGCCAAGGACACCUUUCUGCUCCUGGCCAUCAAGUCACAGCCUGGCCACGUGGAGCGGCGGGCGGCCAUCCGCAGCACGUGGGGCCGGGCAGGAAGCUGGGCUAAGGGCCGGCAGCUGAAGCUGGUGUUCCUCCUGGGGGUGGCAGGAUCUGCGCCCCCAGCCCAGCUGCUGGCCUACGAGAGUCGGGAGUUUGAUGAUAUCCUACAGUGGGACUUUGCUGAGGACUUUUUCAACCUGACACUCAAGGAGCUGCACUUGCAGCGCUGGGUGGCAGCUGCCUGUUCCCAGGCCCAUUUCAUGCUAAAGGGAGAUGACGAUGUCUUUGUCCAUGUCCCCAAUGUGCUGGAGUUCCUGGAUGGCUGGGACCCAGCCCAGGACCUACUGGUGGGAGAUGUCAUCCGCCAGGCCCUGCCCAACAGGAACACCAAGGUCAAAUAUUUCAUCCCACCCUCCAUGUAUAGGGCCCGCCACUACCCACCCUAUGCUGGGGGUGGAGGGUAUGUCAUGUCCAGAGCCACUGUGCAGCACCUCCAAGCAGCCGUGGAAGAGGCUGAACUCUUCCCCAUUGAUGACGUCUUUGUGGGGAUGUGCCUGAAAAAGCUGGGGGUGAGCCCUAUGCACCAUGCUGGCUUCAAGACAUUUGGAAUACGGCAACCCCUGGACCCUCUGGACCCCUGCCUGUACAGAGGGCUCCUUCUGGUGCACCGCCUCAGCCCCCUGGAGAUGUGGACCAUGUGGGCACUGGUAACAGAUGAGGGGCUCAAGUGUGCAGCUGCCCCCUUGUCCCAGCUUCGAGGGGUGGGUUGAGCGAGUAGACUGUUAAUUUUGCAAUCAUGAUGAGAAAUCGAGAACCCUGAAACUUGGCCCUUGAUGGGUCUACAAGAAAUGCUGAAUUUGUUUUUGUAACCCCCUCCCAAAC